AUGGAGUGCAUGAAGGAAACGGAAGCAAUAAUAAGGGAGAUAUUGGGGAUUAUAGAGAAGGAGAAAGGUAAAGAAAGGAAAGUAAGAGGAUGGUGGAAUAUGGAAUGUAGAGAGAAGAAGGAGGGGUCUCAGUUAGAAAUGUUAGUCGAGGACGAAUCGAACGAUCGUGCCACUUUCGAAGACGCGUAUUUCGGAUUGUCAGCCAAAAUUAGAGAAUUACUAGUCGUACGCAGUCCUUCAAAUCGAAGCAUCGUCAGUCCAUCGCCUUCAAAUGUAUUAGAAACGCGCGAGUCCACGUUACACGUAAGGUUACCUAAGAUCAGUCUUACGACUUUCAGCGGCAAGUGGUUUCCUUUUUUUGACGCAUUUAACUCUAUUAUACAUUCGAACACAUCAAUCGGCAAUAUUCAGAAACUUCAAUACCUACGAACUUCGCUGUCAGGCGAGGCGGCCGAUGUCAUAAGCUCGCUGGAAAUUUCCGAUCUUAACUAUGAAGUAGCCUGGAAAUUGUUGAAAGACCGAUACGACAACAAACGAGUGAUUGUGCACACGCACAUCAAGGCAAUUAUGGAGCUUCCUUCCUUGACGAAGGAAAAUUCCAUCGAGCUGAGGCAAGUCGCAGACAGCGCAUCCAAGCACAUACGCGCUCUUCAAGCAUUAAAGCGUCCGACAUCCCAGUGGGAUGACUUGCUCGUGUACAUUUUAAGCGCAAAACUCGACGCGAUUACACUGCGCGAAUGGCAAUCUUCGUUGUCCGGUACAGACCUACCAAAUCUAAAGCAGCUUCUCGAUUUUAUGAACCAUCGAUGCCAAGUUCUCGAAGCCACAAUGCCCUGCAGAAAUUUAGAAAUGCGUAAGCGCAAGACUUGUAUUAAUUGUCUGCGUUCCACCGCGCACAUAGCUAGCAACUGCCCAUCAGGAAAUUGCAGAACAUGCAAAGCUAAGCACAAUACGCUGCUACACACAGCAAGUGCUCAGGAUCGCGAUGCGAAUAAGAGUGAAGAAAGGGCGCCGGUUUCGUCUUCGGCGGCGGUAGUCAUGCACGUGCAUAAUUUCCCCGGAGAUCGGUCGAUCCUGCUGUCCACGGCCGUCAUUCACGUUCAUGAUGCCGCGGGGAAACCUGUCGCCUGCCGAGUCUUGCUAGAUUGUGGUUCACAGGCUAAUUUUAUUUCUGAGAAGUGCUUAUCUAGGCUCAGCCUAAAAUCACAGUCAACGAAUAUUUCAAUUUCAGGCGCCGAGAUAUUUUGGGAAUUAUUAUGUGUAGGACAAGUACAAUCCUCGCUAAGGCACCCAACGCUCCAAAAAACUCGAUUAGGUUGGAUCGUAGCCGGUCGAAUCGGCAUUUCUUCGCACAUCCCGCGAGGGAUACGUUCUUUUCAUGCUACCAUAUCUAAUGCGCAGUUGCAUGAACAGCUAGGUCGUUUUUGGCAACAAGAAAAUUCCAGCAACAAUUCUAGCAACCACACUUUGGUGGAGGCUAAUUGUGAGCAACAUUUUCUAAAUAACGUCUCUCGCGAUCCAAACGGUAAAUUUAUAGUAAAGCUUCCACUGAAGGAGCAGCUAAUCACCAAGAUCGGCAACUCAAGAGACACCGCGUUAAAACGUUUGCGGGGCAUUGAAAGGCGUUUUCAACGCACUCCCAAUUUGAAAGCGCAGUACGUAGAAUUCAUGAAUGAAUACGCGUCACUGGGCUAUAUGAAAAUCACAGACAUCGAAUCAAACGAAGAUUCAACAGCGUUUUAUCUACCACACCAUUGCGUUUUUAAGAACGCAGAUGGGAAUUCAAAAAUACGCGUAGUGUUCGACGCAUCGUGCAAGAGCAGCACGGGCGUUUCGCUCAACGACGCGCUCGCGGUAGGCCUGUCGUACAGCAGAACUUGA